CAUCAGGUAGUUCAUGAAAAAACUUAUUACGUUUGUAUUAAUUCUUGGUGAUAAUUUUGUGUAGACGGUUAAAAAAUGGCAGUUCGGGAUUACUUGGCUGAUAGAGAAACAUUCAAAAACUUUUUUUCGACAUUUUGUGCAUACGAUGAAACUGGCAACAAAUGUUUUAAAUAUGCUAUACAAUUACAAAACAUAGCACAUCGUGAACAAGUACCAUUCGUAAUCGAUUUAGAUGAUUUACAUGAACAUGAUGAUAAAUUAGCGACUGCACUCACACAAAAUGCCCGCCGAUAUGUUAAUUUAGUCGCUGAUGUUGUCUCUGAAAUGUUGCCAGAUUAUAAACAACGUGAAGUUCCACCCAAGGAUGCUUUGGAUGUAUAUAUUCGACAUCGUUUACUUUUAGAGAGACGUAAUCAACAACCUGGGGAACAACGGAAUCCUAAUAACAAAUACCCACCAGAGUUACUACGCCGAUUUGAAGUACUUUUUAACAAGCGAAGUACCGAUAAAAAUGUUGCUAUACGGGAUAUAAAAGCGGAUUCAAUUGGACGUCUGGUAACCGUACGUGGUAUUGUAACUAGAGCCACAGAAGUAAAGCCUAUGAUGACAGUAGCCACAUAUACUUGUGAUCAAUGCGGAGCUGAAACAUAUCAACCAAUCAGCUCGAUGAGUUUCAUGCCAAUAACAAUGUGUCCUAGUGACGAUUGUCGUGUAAAUAAAUCCGGAGGACGAUUGUAUUUACAAACACGCGGUUCGAAAUUUGUUAAAUUUCAGGAAGUUAAAAUCCAAGAACACAGUGAUCAAGUCCCAGUUGGUCAUAUGCCAAGAUCGUUAUCUAUUUUUUGUCGUGGUGAAACUACUCGACGGGCUGCCCCAGGUGAACAUGUGACAAUCACAGGAAUAUUUUUACCAUUAUUGCGAACUGGAUAUCAUCAAAUAUCUGGUGGAUUACUUUCCGAAACAUAUUUAGAAGCCCAUAGUAUAGAAAAUGCUCAGCAAGUAAUGAAAAACCAAAGUGAAACUGAAUUAAGUCAAGAAGAAUUAGAUGUGUUAUCUGAAGACGAUUUGUAUACAACGUUAGCGUCAAGUAUCGCACCAGAAAUUUACGGCCAUUUAGAUGUGAAAAAAGCAUUGUUGCUAUUACUCGUUGGGGGUAUCGAUCGAUGUGCGGAUGGAAUGAAAAUUCGAGGAAAUAUUAAUAUAUGUUUAAUGGGAGAUCCUGGAGUUGCUAAAUCACAAUUACUAGGAUAUAUCGAUCGCCUCGCUCCUCGAAGUCAGUAUACAACUGGUCGAGGUUCUUCGGGUGUCGGUUUAACGGCAUCUGUCAUGAAAGAUCCAAUCACCGGUGAAAUGAUGUUAGAAGGCGGUGCACUAGUAUUAGCAGAUCAAGGUAUUUGUUGUAUUGACGAGUUUGACAAAAUGGCAGAAAAUGAUCGGACUGCAAUACACGAAGUUAUGGAACAACAAACCAUUUCCAUUGCCAAAGCUGGAAUAAUGACAACAUUAAAUGCACGUGUUUCCAUUUUAGCCGCAGCGAAUCCGGCAUACGGUCGAUACAAUCCUAAAAGAACCAUUGAACAGAAUAUUCAAUUACCUGCCGCCUUGUUAUCACGUUUUGAUCUUUUAUGGUUAAUACAAGAUAAGCCUAAUCGUGAUAAUGAUCUUCGACUUGCUAAACAUAUUACAUACGUGCAUCAAUUUUGUGAACAACCCCCCUCCAAAGUACGUGCUCUAGAUAUGACAUUAAUUCGUAAAUAUGUUUCACUUUGUAAACAAAAAGAUCCGACCGUACCUGAAGAGCUUACCGAUUACAUUGUGGGUGCUUACGUCGAAAUUCGUAAUCAAGCACGUAAUUCUGCAGAUAUGACAUUUACAUCGGCACGUAAUUUACUUGGUAUUUUGCGAUUAUCAACAGCUUUAGCACGAUUACGUUUAUCAAAUAUGGUUGUGAAAGAGGAUGUUGAUGAAGCGAUACGAUUACUUGAGAUGUCAAAGGAUUCAUUAAACCAAACUGGUGAAGACAGACAAGUACAAAAACCAAAAUUGUCCGGUAAAAUAUUUGCAUUAAUUCGAGAUUUAGCUGGUGAUUCCAAAGUAGUUAAAGUUAGCGAUGUAAUGGAUCGCUGUGCAAAUAGAGGCUAUGCCCCCAACCAAGUUGACAAGUGUAUUGAAGAAUACGAAGAAUUGAAUGUUUGGCAAAUUAAUCAAACGCGAUCGAAAAUUACUUUUAUCUAAUUUCAUUUUAUGUUUUUUUUUCCAUUUUUCGUUUGUAAUUUUAUUAAAU